AUGGCCAAGAUCUCGCGUGGUGCCCCUGGUGGCAAGCUCAAGAUGACCCUGGGUCUCCCUGUCGGUGCCGUCAUGAACUGCGCCGACAACUCCGGUGCCCGAAACCUCUACAUCAUUGCCGUCAAGGGUAUUGGUGCUCGCCUGAACCGAUUGCCCGCUGGUGGUGUCGGUGACAUGGUUAUGGCCACCGUCAAGAAGGGAAAGCCUGAGCUCCGAAAGAAGGUCCACCCCGCCGUUAUCGUCCGACAGUCCAAGCCCUGGAAGCGAUUCGACGGUGUCUUCCUGUACUUCGAGGACAACGCCGGUGUUAUCGUCAACCCCAAGGGUGAGAUGAAGGGCUCCGCCAUUACCGGCCCCGUCGGUAAGGAGGCUGCUGAGUUGUGGCCCCGUAUUGCCAGCAACUCCGGUGUCGUCAUGUAA